UCCCGUCUCCGCUCUCUCGUCGUCACUCUUCGGGUCACUGUCAAAGCACGAACUUUACCGACUGUUACACUUGUUUUCGUUUUAAAAAAAAGACAAUCCUUCUAACUUCUGCGGAUACAUCAUGGCUUCAGAUAAAGCUCUAGAGAACAGUAUUAAGACCAUCAAGUCCGUAUUUCAGCGACUGGCUGGAAAACAUGACGACCCCACAACGAUAAGCUGUUUUGAGUUUGUUACGGGUAUGCAAGCCGAAGAGCAAUUUUCGCAUAUGUCGGUGGAUGAAUUGAAGGAAAUGUUUUUUGACGUUGCCGCUGAUGGUGUUGUUGGAGAACAAGACUACAUGAUCACCGAGGAGGAGUUUAUAAAUGCGCUCACGUUGAAACACCCCAAAAGUGUCCAACAAGCCGAGCUGAAAGCCGCUUUCAAGGAGUUUGACACUGACGGAAGCGGAGUGAUCACCGCUGGCGAGCUGAGGACGAAACUGGAGGAGCAGGGCUGGAAGUUCAACGACGAGCAGUUCGAGCGCUUGACCAAGCAAGCAGACGUCAACGGCGACGGCAACAUCAGCUUCGAGGAGUUCGUCAAUGCGUUCAAACAAGACAGAGAAUAAGUGUCUACUUCCACAUCCUCCACGUUUUGUUUUUUGUCUGAACACUGUACGACUAAUUAUACCACAUACAUUCUACUGUAGGGACACGUGUUUAACAAAGUGGGUGCCUAAACCUCUUUUUUGAUAUAGGCACAGGAACAGUAAUAGGUGCGAGAAGCUGUAACACAGUGUGUGUUUAUUAUCGCUUGUGAAAUUACUUAUUUACAGCAAAGAGUCAGUUUUUGAAAACUUACGCGUGCAACGUUACGCUGUCUAAUAAUAUAUAUCGUUGACGCAUUUCUGUAUUUCAAAAUGGUGGUUUAUUGACAAAAGCACUUACAAUUUUGGAUAAGUUGUUUUGAAUUAAAGAAGCUGAGGCUAAUAUUUGGCAAAUUAAAUUAAAUUUUAAAUUAAAUUAAAUUAAAUAUUAAAUUAAAUUAAAUUAAUUAAAUUAAUUAAAUUAAAUUAAAUUAAAUUAAAUUAAAAUUAAGUAGUAUUCUUGCUAUAUUUUCAUAUGAAGAACACUGAAAAUUGUUUCUUUCUUCUUCUUUUUUUACAUUUUGAUACAAUUAUUUCACUGAGACGUUAUGCCUCGUUUCGUGAUCAGGUACAAUCAUUUUAUUUUUAAAAAGCAACAAAAAAUGUGUGCCACAAUGACCUAAAUUUGACAAAAAAGGAAAUUAAAAACGAAAUUAAACCAAGAGGUAAGGCCUAUACACACGUAUACACGUUUCAAUAUGGCGGACACCAACAAUCAGUUUGUACAAGAUUAAUACCAGUCUUGAGUUUUAACUGAAAGAAAAUGUGACUACCUUAUAAAUUUUAUAACCAGAGCUCGGUAUGGAAUUUACUUCCUACCUCAUGGUGAAAACCUCUUCCUGGUUUACAUGUUCCCUACGUAUUAGUAUGUUUCCGUGCUGUAUUAAUUACAAGUACUUAAAAAAUACACCUUUAGUCGUUUAGAUCAGAGGACCUCUUUGAAGCUUUUGUUCACAAAGCAAAAUUACAUUCAACGAAAAGAGAGAGGCAACGGAAAUACAAGGAAGACGUAGACGCCGUUGUUGCCUUCGACAUUUGGUUGUGAUCGGUUUGUCGGUUGUGAAAAGUUCCAAGAACACACUGCUUUUACUAUCUUUUAAAAAAUAAAAGUUAAUUUUUAAAAGUA